UCCCCUGCUUUUCUGCCUCACUCACCGCACGCCAUCUCGGCAUCUCCUUCCUCCCCCCACCAGCACUGAAGCUUGCAUCGUAUCCAUGGCACCAGCCACUUAAGCAAACGGGUUCAGCCCUGCGAGUCGAGGAGUCAAGCAAGAAGAGGAGGCAGCGAGGAUUCAAGUAAGAACAGGAGGCAGUGCGCACCUCAUCACAUCGGCGUUGUCGGCUGGCAUGGAAAUCAAUGUAGACCUAGAGGCGUCUGAUUUACAGGUCACAGAUAACUGGGAGUUCGCAUCCGUCGUAGGCCCAGGCGCAGUUACAUCUAGGAUUUCAGUGCAAAAGUUGUGCAACAUAUUCUCCUAGUUUGGACAGUUCAAGAGGAAGUUGAUAGCAGAGAUUGGUUUUGAAGGCGUGCUGUCACUCAGGUCCUUGCCGAAGCUGAACUUGAAAUUCAGUUCGUUCCUCAUGGAGAGGGUGGAUGCAGACACAUGCGUAAUCACCAUAGAUGAAGGGCGUUCAAUCAAGUUCACAGCAGCUGAUGUCAACAAUGUUUUUGGGCUUCCAGUAGGUGGGAAAAGGAUAUCAACAUAUCCAUGUGACUUGUCGGACGCAUGCAUUAAAUACAAGAAAUUUGCAGAAGAGCUUAGUGACAAGGGCACACAUAGCCUGAAAGCUGCAGAGGCCAUACUGUUGAAAGACAUCCAGGAAGACUCGCCUAGCGUCGCCAUAGAGAUGUUUAAAAUUGCCGCUGUCAUUUUUAUUUUCGGGCAUUUGCUAUGUCCUUCGUCGAAGAAUGACUACACCAGCGUAGACUACUGGGGUGCACUGAACACAACUUCAGAGAUCAGUCAAUUUGAUUGGUGUGAAUUUGUCAUCGAGCACCUGUUAAGCGCUGUCCGAAAGCUGAAGACUAAUCUUCAGACACGGCACUCAACUAUACAUCUUGUGGGUUGCCAUCUGUUCCUACAGGUUUUUGUGCUCGACAAUUUGGACCUGGGUCAGCUAACUCCUCGAGACCCUUCGACGCCCAGGGUAUGUGUUUUCGAUUAUGACAUCACCCGCAAGAUGAUAGAGGCGCUCAGUUGCAGUCAAAGUGGUGAACCAGCAUUUUCAAUCUCCAGGGCUUUCAGGGCUGGCGAUGUCGGUUACUCUCGCAUUUACAUAAUGCAGAACCCCUCACCAAACCGGUUGCUCGGCCAGAAGAGCCACAUGUUCAGGACACCAGAAUCAAAUGCUACAAGGUACAAUUCAAGCGCGGCACCCAACUCAAAUAGGCGGGGCACAGCUAGGAAAGGCCCCGCUGACUUUGCAAACCAUCUUCGUGCCCGGUAUCCGAGCCUUUUCUCACACCCAGUAGCAAUUUAUCUGAGAGAACACAAUGCCCGUGUCAUGCGCAACAUGUUCGAAUUGCAGCAGGCAUCACACGACGAGAUGGUUGCUUUUGCAGACAAGAUAAUGAUUAGUUUAGCCGAUGGGUUUUUACCGAGUAACUUCAACACCCCUGGGCAUGAAACUCAUGCAUUGCGAGACAUUGCAAUUGCUGGUGCAUCACAUACCCCUGUCAAUGUCCCACCAAUCUGUUCUUUGGGUGCUAGCUUGCCGCCUGCAGUACAUGCGGAUGCUUGCUCGGCAACUCAUUCUAAUAGCCACAGUCUAGUGCCUGGGAAGCGCAAGGAGCUAGGUACAACACCAUCGAGCAGCCGGCACUCUGUUGGAUUAGCUACAUCCGGCACACACAGCACGGGUGGACCAAACAUGAAGAGAAUAUGUAUCCAGCAGCCCUCAUUUGAAGAUGACAAUGAUAUUUGUCCUCCGUAUAGCAAAGGGAAGACAAGUCAUUCGCACCGCAAUAACCCGGAUGCUUCAUGCGCUGAAUCAAAGGCCGCGGCACAGUUUGCUAGUGAUAUCAUAUCAGAGUUAAUAAUCUUAUAUGCAGACAAACACCUAGAUGGAUGCCAAGGCUCGAUUACUUUUGGCCAGAGUUUUUAUGAACACACUGAGAAAAUCCUGCUAGCUGGAGCUAACAUGGCAUGCGAUCCUUGGUCAGCUGGUUCCGUGCCAUCCGCCCCAUCAGCAAUUGCAUGUUCAGCUAUAAAGGAUUGGUUUGCUAGCGCAGCAGAGUGUACAUUGUCUAGGGUCUGGGUCAUCCACAAGUGUCCAAGGCUAAUAUACAUGACCGGGACACACAUUGCUGACCAGCUUAUUAAGAGCCAACCGGUGAGUCAUGAGAUGUGCGCAGUCAUUAUGCGGCGGUUCGGCCAGAUCGACGCAACGCUAAACUGCGAUGAACCUGGGCUGAGGUGGAGAAAAUUCAUGGAGCCAGACUUUGCUACCUUUGCUAUUGCCGAUGGAGAGCUAACAACAAUUAGGUCUAUCCAGCAACAAUUCAAGCAAGAUCCCAUGUCAUUCAAAGUUGCAUCAUGUUGUAUGUUUUAUGCUCCUGCCAUUCUACCAUUGGGGUGGUGCCUAUACGCCUUUGAUUUCACAAAGAAAAAGAUUACCGUUCUAGACCCACUCGUUGGCACGACUGGUUUCAGCAACGAAAGCAUCAGGUUGCACGAGUACGCAACCGGGAAAAUCCUUGAUGGGUUGUUCUUGUGUGCGAGGCACUUCUACUCCAACUGGCCCUACAAAACAGAAAGAUGGACCAGGGACUUCCCCAUGAUCAUGGAGGACAAUUUUACUAGCGAGGAAUCUGGGCUUUGUGUGACUUUCUUAUCCAAAUUUUUCGAUGGCGAGAAGCUCGUGAAGUCACUAAACAAGGAAAACUUGGAGUUGCACCGACGCACCCUCCUGUAUGACGUCAUGCGACUAAAGGACAACAUCUCGCUCGUCCCAUCGGAUGUACUUGAAUCCAUCAAGACCUCGUUCCAUGUUCUCUAAGCAUGACUUCAUGCAAUGUGCUUACGAUCACUCGCGCGUCACCCUCGCGAAGGCACCACAACUGAUUUUACGGCGUAUCAGCAUGUAUCCAUGAUAAAUUGGCGCACCUUUAAAUCUUUGCUACCAUCCUCACCCCCCAACAUGUUCCAU